AUGGAGACAAGCGAUCGCUCUUCAGAGGCAGUUAGCUUGCGACCAGCACUGGAUGGUGUCAUUGAGUCCCCAAACAACAAUCUGGGCCUCAGGACCCCUUCAGAGAGUCCAAGUGAAGAAGACUAUGAUGAAGCCGAAGGAAAGCGGGUCAAUGACAUGCUUCGCCGCAGAAGUAGGAAAGAUGGUUCCAACCAUGUAGCGGAAGAUACCUCUGGCAACACCACAAGCGGUGCUGCGAGUGACUACCCCAAUGACAAUCCUGGCUCCCGCGGAACACCAGGCAGGCCACAGCUGAGGAAUGGCAUGCAAAGCAAAAAGAGCUACGUUAUUGCGUCCGACGAUACCGAACUAAGGGAUGUUCUUCGGAGAGGCUUGGAGAGGGAGAAAGAAAAGACGAGACCAUCGCGCAAGGAAAAGCUUAGAAGCAUGGUCUUCACUAGGCAAUUUUCGGCAUUUGAUAGACAGAACCGAAAUGCUGCCAACAGUCCCUUUCAAGGCUUCUACGUACUCUUUUGGAUUGCUGUUGCCUUUCUAAUCAUUAAAAUGGGCGCAGAAAACUGGAGAAAGACGGGCAAUGUCCUUGGAACAAAUGAAAUCAUGAAAUACAUGUUCAGGAGAGAUGUUCUGGUGCUCCUCAUCUCUGAUGGCCUGAUGUGUCUUCUGACUGGCUUCGGCUUGUUCUUACAGAAGCUGGUACUGAAAGACUGGAUAGAUUGGAACCGGACCGGAUGGAUAAUUCAAAAUGUCUGGCAAUCAACUUUCAUCGGCGCCGUGGUUGGACUGACGCUGAUCCGGGAUUGGCCCUGGACACAUACCGUGUUUUUCGUCAUGCAUGGUCUCGUAAUGCUCAUGAAACAGCACUCCUACGCUUUCUACAAUGGACACCUCUCGACAGCCUACGAAAAGCGGAAGCAGCUCGGAGAAAGAUUGAAACAGCUUGAGAAUAUAUCACCGGUAGACUUGCCGGCGCCGCAAACAAACACAGCGUCCUUUGCUCUCUCAACGUCUCAUUUGUCUCGCCGCCCCUCGAAGCACGAGUAUAGAGAGCGUCGCCUGUCAAUUACCAGGUCGGAUACCGCAGAUGAUAUGGAGAACAUCUCACAGGCGAUAGAAUCUGGGAUACCGCUGAAUAUGGACCAGAUCCAGUUGUUUGAGCGCAUGAUCAAGUGGGAGCUCGACGCCCUGACCGACGAGAUCAAGGGUAGAGCCACGGAUCCUGCCCACUGCUAUCCAAACAAUCUCACCGUCUAUAACCAGUAUGAGUUUAUCUGCCUACCCACACUGGUAUACGAGCUUGAAUAUCCGAGAUCCGAAACCAUCAACUGGGCAUAUGUUGCAGAAAAGGUAUCAGCCGUCUUUGGGCUCAUAUUCGUCAUGAUCAUGGUCUCCCAGGCAUACAUUUACCCCGUCGUCAUCAGGGCCGUCAAUAUGAAGGACGAAGGAUGGACACUAGGCGAGAGAUUCCAAGAAUUCCCCUGGAUGCUAAGCGAUCUCGUCUUCCCCUUCAUGAUGGAAUACCUACUUGUCUGGUAUCUCAUUUGGGAGGCUGUUCUUAACACUCUGGCCGAAUUAACUCAUUUCGCGGACCGGAGUUUCUACGAUGCAUGGUGGAAUAGCGUCUCCUGGGAUCAAUACGCCCGCGACUGGAAUCGGCCGGUGCACAACUUUCUUCUUCGACACGUCUAUCACUCAUCAAUAUCGUCGAUGCGUGUCAAUAAGCACACGGCAACCUUGAUCACGUUUUUCUUGUCAGCCUGCGUACACGAGCUGGUCAUGUGGUGCAUCUUCAAGAAGCUUAGGGGAUACCUGUUAUUCUUGCAGAUGACCCAAUUGCCUCUGGUGCAAUUGAGCCGAACAAAAUUGCUGAGAAACAGAGAGACGCUUGGUAACAUGAUGUUCUGGAUCGGUCUCCUCACGGGUCCGAGCCUGCUGACAAGCCUGUAUUUAAUACUAUAA